GUCGAUGUUGUCUGCUUGGAGACUUGUUUUGCUCGGUUACCACCCGUCUUCCUAUUCAUAACUUUGUCGUUGAUGUAACAUUAGAUUUAUAUUUAAAAUCAUCAACAUCUGGGUAGCCGUAUAUUUUUCUCGUAUUAAACUAAAAUGACUAAGAAGUGUAUAUGUGAGAUUUGCACAUGUGGACGGCAUCGCUGUCCACACCGACCGUAUGUGCAAACUGGCUACAAUGACAGGCCGUGCAUGCUGUCUGAGUAUAAAACCACAUACCGAGAGCACUGCUUUCAGCCCGUGAAAAGCUUUAAGCCGGUGCAAGAUGCCGUCCGCGGAGAUGUACCACUGGAAGACAAAACUACAAACAGGGUUGACUACAUCGCCUACCCAGUGGUGAAGCCUCACCUGCACCAGCCUGAUGUCUACCGCACACCCGAUGGUGAACAGGAUCAUUUGACAUCCUACGUCAGAGACUACCCAGGAAAAUAUGCCACUCCUGCCAAGGCUAUAAAACGUGAGGGCCAACAUCAGGUUCCCAGCAAGUUUGAAGGAGAACCCACCUACAAAUCUGAUUAUCAGAAGUGGACCCUGGAUGGCCGUCCAAAGAAGCAUGAGCAGCCAGCAUGGAUGCCACCACAGGACGAAUUUCGGGGAAUCAGCACGUUCACAAAUGACUACAAAAGGUACUUCUGCCAGCCUCCCAGACAGAGCAUGAAGCCGAAAGAAGCCGUCAAGGUAUCGGACAGUCCGUUCGACUCGGCCACGGGUUAUCGAGAUGCGUACAUUAAACACCCGCUUCAGGCCAAGUUCAGCAAACCACAGGAGGUGUACCGGCCUUCGGGAAUCCCACUGGACGGGAUGACCACCUUCAAGAAGGACUACCAGGGUUGUCCGGGCAACAAGGCCGACACCUGCAAGCCAUCCACUGAGGCGUACCGGUCCGACGCCCCGCUCGAGGAUCUGACAACGUUCAGGAAUGACUAUCGCAAGUGGCCCAUGGAGCGGCCGUACGCGCGGGCCGCGGACGAGUACAAGAAGCCUGAGGGAGACAUGGAUAUGAAGACUACGCACAACAUCGCAUACAAGCAGUACCCGCUACAGCCCCACGUGGCCCGCCGGCCCGCCUCCGCCACCCAGAGGCUGCCCGGCGCCUUCGACGGAGUCACCAACUACUCAACGGAUUACCAGCCGUGGGACCUGGGCGGACGCCCUCGGCCCAUGAUGAAGCCCGAGUACAGUCCGAACCUGGCUCCAUUCGAGGGCAUGUCCACACAGAAGGCGCACUACAUCGCCCACCCCAGGUGCCAGAGUCUCAAGAGCUUUAAACCAGACAGCAACGCAAUUCGCAGCGACGCCCCCUUCGAUGACGGCACGAUGUACAGGAUGGAGUACACGCCCAAAUACAUCGGGCCCUGUCCCGCGGCGAUCCUCAAUACCCAGGCUUCAGGGUACUCUUACAUUGAAACAGAUCCCCGAGGCCACAAAGUCUACCGGCCGGUUUACGAAACUGUCGCACCGAUAAACAAGCUACCUACAGUCCAAAGGCAAGCCAUGGUGGCAUAAUAUGUUUUCUUUCCUGUUAUUAAUUAUUAUAAACCAAAAACAAAAAAAGGUACUCUUGCUUAAUGCUUAAAGAGAAGUUGAUCAACCUAUUGUAAUACCACCACUAGCGUGCCAUUUAAAAUAAGAUUAUUCACAGAACAUUUAAAAAACAAAACUUUCUGCUUCAGAUGUGUAAUUUUCACAUCCAGUUUAUUCCACAUUCCAUUUAUGAAUUUAAAAAAAAAUAUUUACAUAAUUAUGUAGCCUACUUUAUUAGUUUAAACUUCUGUGUAAAAAUAGUGUUUUGUAUAUAAUUAGUAGCAAACUUCAUAUAAUAAAAAUCUAUACAUGAAAUAUAAUUAACAAUAAAAGAAACGCAUAUAUGUGAAUCUAUAUAUUUUUUCAUGAUACAGUCAGUUCGUUAAACAGACUGUCAAGCUGGGCCUGGAAUGCUGACAAGACCAGGGCUGUAGCAAGCAUGGGGGCAAGAAAAAAAAUUGGAAAGCAUUAUAGAAACUUAAAGAAAAGGAGUUUUAGACUAUUAACUACUCAGUUGCCCCCCCCCCCCCCCCCAAACAAAAAAUCCUAGCUACGGCCCUGAAGACAUUGAUAAUUUUAACAGACACAAAAACUAAUGUGAUUCAUAUUGAAUAAUUAAAAAUAAAGAAAACUUAAUUAAUAUAUGCAUUUCUUUUGUUGUCCAGUAUAUAUGGCUUUCACACGCAUAGCAGCCAAAACCCUCAUUGUCAAAACACACAGUGCUUCAUGUGGAAUGUCUCUGAGAGCGUUGUCAUAGACACAAGUCUUUUUUUUUCAUUUAUUUGUUAAUCAUGUACUUUCUGUGUGAUUAUAGCACAAUAACCACAAUUAGAUACUAGCGGAGCAUGGUGUUUGGUGUUUUUGUGAGCACCAGGUUCAAAAAUAGUUUAAAAUAUUGGUUGAAUAUGUAAGGCUGUACAUAGAGGAUAAUUGUUAUUUCAGCAAAAUGAUGGUUAAGGUGAUUAAACAAAGAACCAAAAAAGGGCAAAAUAAUUAGAGAAUCACUGGGCAGUCCAUUCACAUCAUUGAAUCUGCCAGUUCUAUUUUUGGCAUCACGUUCUAGCCUGUUAAUGUAAAAUGUUUAUCAAAUUAUAUGUAUAAAAGCUUGUGUUUUCAAAAAUGUGUUUUCAUUUUGACAGUUAGGCUAAUGUUUCUGAUUGUCCAUUUUUGGGAGACGUUUUCUGAUAUUACUGUUUUUCAGCUUCCUAUUGUACUUCAUUACCCAACCCACUGACCUCACUAAAUCACCAUUACAAAAAUUUUAAAGUAAUACACUCCAGAUUCAUAAAAGUUCAAACAAUUUACAAGGACUAAAUCAUGUUCUAAGAAUAAUUUUUGUAACAGAAUUGGUGGUAUGUUAAUGGCAGCCAUAGUUGUUUUCCUUUGUUUGUUUUGAUGUUUCCAUUUUUACCCAUUUGUUUUCGUCUGCAAUCUUAAAUAUCGUAAAGUAAAUCAUCCUAAGAAUUGUUUUAUUUCCAUAAACAGUCAGUAUUACUGACUUUGUUGUAAUAUUAAUGUUUAUAUACAAACAUUUGUUUAUUUAUAUAUUUAUUUAUUGGAUAUAUUUAAUAUGAAUAUGGAUAUGUAUGUGAUCAAAACAAUUCAGAUUUUGAUUGUAAUGUUGUUGUGCCAUGUUAUAAUGGAAAUCAAGGAUUUUAAUUGAUUAACAAAUCUGAAACAACCACAUAUUGUUAGCCAUUUGGUAAAGAAAAGUCUUGUUUCUUUUAAUAUUAGUCUGUACAUCUCUAAUAUUAUUUAUACAUUCACACAUAAAACAUCUUUUCUUAGAAAAUAUGCACCAUUUUUUCUUCAAAUACUUGCAUGUAAUAUUUGCCAAACCAAAGUAGAUGGCAUUUCUGCUGCUAUAGUAACAACAAAAGCAAGAGGUUAGUUGAGCUAUAUAUUCAACGACUAUAUAUUUGUUUGACAACAGUACUUCCAGAUACAUUUACGAGAGAAGAUAAUGCUGGUAAUGGGAGUCAGUGUUGUUUAGUUACCUCUUCAUGACUGGUAUAGAUCAUGGUUUAGAAUGUUGGGUUUUUGCAUACCAGUAUAUUAUAUUGUUGAGCAUGACUUUGGUUAGCUAGGUGUGUCAACAGCAUUAUGACCAGAUUCAAAAUGUUGGUGUGAUAUUUUGACAUAGGUGUGGAGUCCAGUGGUUAAAAUCUCAUUUUGAAUGAUCCCCCUUUGAAUGUAUCGGUUAACACUAGACAGGGAUUACUGUUAGUUUUUGUUGGUGGAAUAUUAUUACGAAUUCUUUAGUGAGUGUGAUAAAACAUUUCUGUGUGCAUAGGCUUAGUGUGGGUAUAGUGUUUGGUUUUGGAGGAUGGGAGGGGAUCUGUUCAUUGUGUUUCUUUUGGGGGGUUUUCAAUCCCAUUUUAGGUAUGGGUUGUGGAUAUUACAUUAAGAUAUACUUUAUGUAUUGUUACAAAUGGUCUAGUGUCAUUCUGUCUGAAAGAAGGUGGUCUCCCUCAUCAUGUGAUCUUUUCGGGGGAAAUCUCUAAAAUCUGAUGUCAAUUGUUCUUGAAUGUGUAUCGAAACAUCUUUUCAUGGGGAAACCUUUAUUGUAAAUGGAACACUGCAAAAAUAAAGUAAAAAAUCAAGGGAAAAAUAGAAAUGAUGUUAAUGGUGCAAUUCAACAUGUAAUAAAGUAAUUAUGUCAUUUGGUCACUGUAUGUUCAUGUUUUGAAAUGAGUGUCCCAUUUUGUUUUGCCAGUACUUGAAUAUGCCACCGGGUCACAACUUCCUGUUGAUGCUUUGCUUUGAUGAUUGGUCGCUACAGAAGAUGAUGAUGUAUUUUAUCAUAGCAUUAUACCCUCUUCACAGUGUUCAUUGUAGCAUUAUACAUCCUUCUCAGAGUAUUGUAACCAUAGCAUUAUACACUUUCUUCACAGUAUUGUCACUAUAACAUUGUACACUUUUCUCACAGUAUUGUAACCAUAACAUAUACCCUCCUGACAGUAUUUUAAUCACAGCAUUGUAUACCCUUAACAGGAAUAAAAAAAAAGCUUUAAUACCAGUA